GACCUGGUGGCACAUGUGUCUCUGACGCACCCCUGGCUGUCUCCGCCAGGAUAUAGGCUUCGCCUCGUUCCGCAUCAUCUUCUCUCUGCGCAGUCCCACCUUUCCCACAACCGUCGGCUUCGUAAAGCCAGAGGGGAAAGCAAACAUCACAACGAAUCCCGCCCCUAGAUCGGCGGUUUAUUGCUUCUGUCGGGCUUGGGCUCGCGCCCGCUCUUUCCGCUCGGCUAUCGAGUGCUUCCGUCUGAACGUGGCCGCAAGCUGGGGAGCGCGCCAGUUGAUCGUUUGCUUCUGUCUGGCUCUGCUUGCACCGCCGGGUCCGUUGUGUAAGCAAGAUCUUCGGCUCGGCCAGCAACUUGUGCCCCCUGGGCCGGCCCCCGGCGUUUCCGGUUCCGGUAGCAGUAAGCACUGUCCGAGGUGCCCGCGAUGGCUGGCAGCCGACUGGAAACUGUGGGGAGCAUUUUCACGCGGACUCGAGAUCUGAUUCGGGCUGGAGUGUUGAAGGAGAAGCCCCUCUGGUUUGACAUAUAUAAUGCCUUUCCCCCUUUGAGGGAGCCGGUCUUCCAAAGACCUCGAUUGCGAUAUGGCAAAGCCAAAGCCCACAUUCGAGACAUCUUAUACCAGGAGGAUCAGAUUAGAGCGAAGUUUUAUUCAGUCUAUGGAUCUGGUCAAAAAGCCUUUGAUCUGUUCAAUCCAAAUUUCAAAUCCACUUGUCAACGGUUUGUGGACAAAUACACUGAGCUACAGAAACUCGGUGAAACAGACGAAGAGAAGUUAUUUGUGGAAACAGGGAAGGCUUUGCUGGCAGAAGGUGUCAUUUUAAGAAGAGCAGGAGGAACAAAGACGGAAGCAAGUCGUAUUUCCUGGAAGUCUGAGAAGGCGGGUGUCAAACCCCAAAUUGUGUUGGAAAAAAGCCAGCCUCUGAAAGAAGUGCCACAGGACGAGCAUUUGGAGACACCUGCAGGACAGUGACAAGGUGGCUCCCCUCCCUGAAGGACUCGAGCUCCGUGUACACUGACUUCUAGAUUGUGCUUGCCAGAUGAAUGUGGAACUGUUUUUACUGGUUGAACUGUGUAAAUGUUUCUUGAUCUCUAAGGCAUGAAAUUUGCUUUCUUUUUGUUCCUGUUUCUAAGUUGUCAUAAAGCUCAGUAUCAUGGUUGGAAGUAGUCAUUGAACUUUUAUGUUAGAAUGGUAUUAAAUAAAGAAUUCCCUAGCUGCUUGUAAAGUAAAUUUACUUUACAGUUGUGAAUAGCACAAGGAAACCUUUGUAAACAUUGCCUGACUGGGACUCACUGAGCAGGUUUUGCGUGGAUGUCGCUGCUCCACUUGGUGGGUGUAUUUCUCUUCUCUGGAUCCUUCUUCCUUUUACUUCCACAACCAUUUUUGUCUGCAGAUAAUCUUUUUACGAGUUGGUAUAGAACUGUUGAUGUUCAAUUUGAGAGCCCAAGCUGACUGUUUUGCAGUAAGAAUGAGGACCCAUCACGAUGAUGGACAAAGGACAAGACUGCCAGUUUAGUCUCAAUGGAUUGAGUGUGCUAGAGACAACAAGUUGCCUUAGUAAAGACUGGUGGAGUGAAUAAAUGAAUGAUCGCAUCCAGUUCAAGACUGAAUUCAGGUGGUGUCUCUGUAGGGAGUGGGUUGUCAAAAGGGACCCGUCUAAUGGGGUUGAUGUUCUCCACCCGCACCCUCCUGCCUUUCUGGACUUGAGGUGUGCUGACAAAGCCUCGCCGACUGUCCUGCUGUCCUCAUUUCGUUGUCUUGGACUAAAUAAAUGACAUCGUCCCCUGAGGUGGUAGCCCUUGUAUUUGUAAUCAAGCUAAUGCUUUUGGCUACUAGGAAUAAAGUGCUUCAGAAAUUCCUUA